UAUAUAUACUACAUAUAUUUAUAUUUAAACAUCACUCAUCACCACAAAAUCCUUCGUUUAUGAAGUCAAUCCGAUGGCAAGCUGGUCACAUCCAGCUUCUUCCAAAACAGCAAAGGGGCCCGCGAUGACUAGGGUUCCAAGAUCAAUGCCAGCUAACACUAAGGACGACAUAGAUUUACUUACCAGGACUAGCUGGGUUAAUGCAGAGGUUGCCUAUAAGCAAAUUAAGAAGGGUAAAUCUAAUGGAAACACAUGUGCUCUGUGGGUGCGAUGUCACCUACAGAAACAACUUUUCAGCGUUGGCUGUUUUAUCCAACUUCAUUAUGGCAAAGUUCUUUUCCUUGGAUUACUGCUGCUCUCUUUGUUUUGCAUCGGUUUGAAAACAGGCACGUUAGAAACCAACGUUGAACAGCUCUGGGUCGAACAAGAUGGUCGUCUGUCCAAAGAACGGGAUUAUACAAGGAAAACGAUAGGUGAAGGAAGUGGUACAACGUACGAGGUCAUUAUCCAGACACCAGAAAAUGGACUAAAUAUAUUGAGUGUGGAGUCUAUGUUACUUCACCUACAGGCUGUGAUGGCUGCUGCGAAAAUCGAAGUGAAGUUAUAUGAUAUAACAUGGUCUUUGCAUGAUAUUUGUUAUGCUCCUUCAUCAGAUAUAUUUGUGCAGCCAUAUCUUGAGAAAAUUCUGACUGACUUGUUACCAUGUAUGAUUAUAAGUCCUUUGGAUUGCUUUUGGGAAGGAGCAAAGCUUUUUGGACCUGAAAAUCAUUUGUCUAUAAUGAAAUAUUCCAACAAUGUUAAAUGGACCAACUUAAAUCCAAGAGAAAUGGUUGAAAAAUCAGAUAUCAGUAACAGGGAUGUCAUACUGGAUGUAAUGGAUCGAGCUGGUAUCAAAAGUGGCUACCUAGAAAAGCCAUGUCUUAAUCCAAAGGAUCCGAAAUGUCCCAGCUUAGCACCCAACAAACAAUCAGGAUUGCCCCCAGACAUUGGAGCUGAGCUCACAAAUGGCUGCACUGGCUUUGCUACGAAAUACAUGCACUGGCAGGAAGACUUGAUUAUAGGUGGCAUUAGAAGAAACAAGACAAAUCACAUUGUUCGAGCAGAGGCUCUACAGUCCAUAAUCCAGUUGAUGGGUGAGAAAGAUAUGUUUGAAUAUUACCAAAAUGUGAGGAAGGUACGCACCAUUGACUGGACCAUGAACAAGGCCAAAAGGAUCCUGGAAACGUGGCAUCGCAAGUUCACAGCUGAAGUGGACAACAUAUACAAUGGCAAGCAUCAGCAACACAUUCAUGUAUUCUCAUCAACAUCUCUGGCUGAUAUCAUGGAAAAGUUUUCUAGUGUCAGUGUUGUACGCAUUGCUUUGGGGUACAUUGUAAUGUUGCUAUAUGCCUGCAUAUCUUUGUUGAAGUGCAAUGAUGCUGUUAACUCUCAAUGUGUUAUUGGUAUUGCUGGUGUAUUGCUUGUUGGUCUUUCUGUAGCAGCUGGUCUUGGCUUAUGUUCUGUGUUGGGCAUCAAGUUUAAUGCGUCCACAACACAAAUUGUUCCAUUUCUAGCUUUGGGUCUUGGAGUUGAUGAUAUGUUCCUCAUAGCUCACACCUAUGCUGAAAAUAGCAAUAACAUUCCUUUUAUGGAGCGGACUGGGGAAUGCUUGAAAAGGACUGGUGUUAGCGUUUUACUCACCUCUGUCACCAACAUCAUGGGUUUUCUGGCUGCUGCUAUUAUCCCUAUACCAGCAUUAAGGGCUUUUUCUCUUCAGGCUGCAAUUCUUGUGUUCUUCAAUCUUAGUUCUAUCCUUCUGAUCCUACCUGCAGUUGUUAGUUGGGAUUUAGUUCGACGUGAAGAUAAACGAAUUGAUGUAUUCUGCUGUUUCCAAAGUUCAAUGGCCAACCAAGUGAUAGAAUUACAACCACAAAGGGACAGUGAACACUGUUUAUCACAUUUUGGUUACAGUUCAACACACCUGAGCAUCCCAAAUACCUCAUCAAGUGUUGCUAUUCAUCAGACCGUAACUAAAAUUUCUGUUAAUGGCUCUCAGCCAGUCACCUGUUUAGCAAUGCAGCCAACAGAACGUGUUGUCAAUCAAAGCCACUCAACAAAGCCAGUACAUUCAGAAAAAACACAAAAGGCCCCCGUUCCAGAAAAACAUUCAAAGGCCCCCGUUCCAGAAAAACAUUCAAAGACCCCUGUUCCAGAAAAACCUCUAAAUGCUCUUGUCUCAGAAAAAACUCCAAAUGCCCUUGUUCCAGAAAAAUCUCCACAUGCCCUUGUUCCAGAAAAUCCUACAAAUGCCCUAGUUCCAGGAAAACCUUCAAAUGUUCCAGAAAAAUAUCCAAGAGCCAUUCUUCAUGAAAAAUCUCCAAAACUCCUUGUUUCUGAUAAACCUCUGAAAGUCCUGUUUCCAGAUAAUUCACUCAAGUCCGUACUCACUGAAAAACCACCAAUUCAAACUCCUGUAUAUCCUCCAGCAUGUCCAUCCAAUACAUCGUCUCGUCAGUGUUUGACACCAAUUGACAGCGUCUCAUUCAAGGAUUGUUGGCUACAGAUGCAGCAUGAAUGCUUCAACUUCUCGUUAGCAAAUAUUGUUAAGAAUCAUUAUGGGCCAUUUCUACAGAAGACACCAACAAAGGUUUUCACUAUUGUAGUAUUUUUGAUUAUCACACUCAUUGGUAUUUAUGGCAUCACACUUGUGGAAGACGGCUUAGAACUUACAGACAUUGUGCCACAUGGAACGGCCGAGUACAAUUUCUUGGAAGCAAAAUCCAAAUAUUUUGGAUUUUACAACUUCUUUGCUGUGACAAAGAACAACUUUGAUUAUGCUCACAACCAGCAGUUACUGUAUUCCUAUCACAAAGCAUUCCAACAAGUCAAUCACAUCAUCAAGCGAGAAGAUGGUUCUCUGCCCACAUUCUGGCUACAACUUUUCAGAGAAUGGCUCCAUGAUUUACAAAAGUCUUUUGAUGAUGAUGUGGCUAAUAAGUGCAUUGGUCCACGGAAAUGGUACCAAAAUGCCUCUCAGAAUGGUAUUUUGGCUUUCCGACUUCUGGCCCAGACUGGCAAUGUUGACGAUCCUUUUGAUGUCAAUCAGGUUCACAAAGUACGUCUUGUUAAGGAUGGCAUCAUCAACCCAUCAGGAUUCUAUAACUAUUUGUCAGCCUGGCGAGGAACUGAUGUGUUAGGAUACGACUCAGCUAUGGGUGAUUUCUACCCACCAUUAAAAUCCUUUGUCCAUGACUAUCGAGAUAGAAGCUUAGAAGUAUUCAAAUCUCACCAAAUACAGUAUGCUCAGUUGCCAUUUUACCUAACUAAUUUAUCCAACACCAGUGAUAUGAUUGAAACUGUACGACACAUCCGUUCCAUAUGUAAGGAGUUUGAAGGCAAAGGACUCCCUAAUUACCCACGUGGGGUCCCUUUUACCUACUGGGAGCAGUAUUUGCACCUUCGCAUGUACCUCUCCUUGUCUAUUUUGUGUAUCCUUAUAAUGACAUUCCUUGUCAUUGCUAUCAUACUGGUCAACUUAUGGAUAGCUGUAAUUGUGAUGGCGAUACUGCUUUGUUUGGUGUUACAACUCCUUGGUUUUAUGGGUAUUGCAGGAAUCAAGCUAAGUGCAGUGCCUGCAGUUACUUUGGUCAUAGCUGUUGGCAUUGGCAUGGAAUUUAUUGCACAUGUAUGCAUAGGUUUCAUCACAUCUGUGGGCAGUAGAGACCGCCGUAUGUUGUUAGCACUGGAACACACUUUCGUCCCUGUUGUCCAUGGCGGUAUCUCAACAUUGUUAGGCAUCAUUAUGUUAAUAGGAGCAGAGUUUGAUUUCAUUAUUAAAUAUAUCUUCAAUGUUUUAUCAGUGUUGGUACUCUUAGGUUUACUAAAUGGUUUAUGGUUUUUACCUGUACUUCUCUCUGUGAUCGGUCCACCUGGUGAGAUUGUACCCAAAGAUAAUGGUGAUAUGAUUGAGCCUCCUACUCCAGAACCUUCACCAAGGCCAAGAGAAAGACCUAUCAAAUCAGUGAGCCGGCAUAUAUAUCCUCGAAUGCCUUCAGAUAUUUCACUGAGCACCAUAACAGAAGAACCUACGCAGUACUCCUCACAUGAAAUCAUUGUACAGCCAGAAGUGGUUGUUGAAACUACCACCAUUCCUAUCACCACAUCGUCAACACAGACCAAAAAAGACUUUUGUGAUAAUAAUUUCUCUUAUGAAACACCCCAAGCCCCCACCAAACAUAUAACCAGAGUAAAAGCCACAGCUACAGUCAAAGUUGAAGUGCACACACCUUUACCAGGUGCUGUGGAGCAAGAACACAGUUACAAAAGCAAAAGACGGAAGCUUAAAGAACAAGAUAGUUCAGAUUCAGACGGCAGUAAAUAGCAAAAUAAAAAGAAUUAUUUAACAUAAAAAUAUUCAUGCAAAAUAUCAUCCUUACCAACCAGAUUAUUGAACUUCAAUUUCUGACUACUGCCAUCAACCCUCUCAUCCCUGUUAUUUAACUUUAUCAACCAUCACAGAGAUUUAACUUCUGCUUAGAGCUGUUUACCAGUCAUGUGAUAAUGACCAAGACCUUCUUGGGCAAAAUGGUCAGCAUACGGUGGAAGGCACUUAUCCUUUGUGCAAGAUAGGUUGGAAUGUGCAUUGAGAAAGGCCAACACAUUCAAUCUUCAGAUGAAGAACUGGGAUUGGAGUAUUCAACAAAAGUAAAAUAAAUUCUGGUGGAAGUGUAGUGUUCGAUAAUAGAACAGCCACUGAUAGUGGAGUGUUCAGCAAGGGUACAGCCACAGGUGGUGGGUUAUUCGACAACAACGCAGGUAGCAGAGGAGUAUUCCCAUUGAACAGACAAUAGUGGUAUGUUCUCCUAUCAUAUACACUCUACAAUUGGAGUGUUUCAAUAAAAGCAUACAGACACCAUUUGUGAGUGGACUACUACCCACAGUACAGAGAAUGAAAAUAUAUGACAACAAUGCAGACAUUGCUGGAGGGUUAUUAUAAGACUAAACUACAGACAUUGAUGGUGUUAAGGGCAUCUGUACAACAAGUAAUGCACUGUAAAUUCAUAGUUUGUAUCUUCCUUAACAACAACCACAACAAAAUUGGUGCAGUAUAUCAUUGUCAUUAUCAAUAUCAUUCUCAUCCUCAUAGUCAUUAAAAUCAUCAUCAUCAUCAUCAUCAUCAUAUUCUUACCUCUAUGAAAAGUCACAUAAAAGAACUUACUACGAAUGAAACAAUUCAAACAACCAAUACAUGUUGUGGCCUUAAGGCAGAAAGGAACUUCUUUCCAAAACCAAACAAUAUGACAACAAUUUAAAACUGUGCACCACACAGCAUCACAUUGCACUUUAUUGUUAUGGGCCACUGGAAUUAUACAGUGCAUUAAAAUGCAAUCACUAUACUUCUACAAUAUGCUUUAAAGACAUCACUAUACUAUGCAGUGAUACAGACAUACAACACAACUAUAAAAUAAUGUUACAGUUCAUCUCACCACAUCAUACUACACUAUGUGACACUCACCAAACUACAUUCAUUACAAAUUAUACUACAGUAUCCGAAGCUGUCAAACCUCAAUAUUUCAACUUCGAUUUCACUAAUCUACAACAAUAAAAACAACUGCAACAUCAUGUUCCAGAAAGUACCAUUGUUCUGCAUAUAAGAAAAAUAUCAGAUAUAGCAGUGCAAUAUUCGUUGUUGGGUUUCAUCUACUAAUUUUACCAUUAUUUAUCAUCAUUCUGGAGAAGAUGUAGUAGCAACUGCAAAGCUUUAUUUUCAUGAGAAUUCAACUCUCAAACAAUUUCAGGCAUUGCAAUGCACAUGUAAACAAUUUCCUUGCUUUUAUUUGCCUGUUUAAAGAAUUUGUAUUUAUCAAUUCCUUCUGAAUUUAAUUCUUUUAUUUUUUUCCCCCCCACCUCCCUAAGACUGAAGAAUAAAAGCAAUAUUUAUUUAAAAAAUUAUUUUCAACAAACCUUAAAAUGGGAUGGAGGGAAAGAAUUAUAGUUGUUCUUUUGUUAAUGGGUGGAAUAAUUUAGAUUCUUACUGCAACACUAGACAGAUUGCAUAUGUGUGGUGCUCAAAAGACUUCCUGCUUUCACCUGUCUCACUGCAGUGCAGUUAGCUACAAGGCAACAACAUUGCUGCAAUUAGCAACUGUUUGCUGCUCUUCUAUGUAUAUAUUUAUUUAUUUGCAUCUUGAUUUUCUUUGUUUCUUUCGUAUGAAAUACUGGCUCAACAGUGCGUCUGUUGAAGGGCAAAAGUCAGAAACCGGGGCAGGGGUAGCUGUAAACUCUGACGUUAAGAAUGGGGUAACUCAGCUGGUCAGUGACUAUAAUAAUGAACAAAAAGUCCUUUUUAACUAAAUAUUUGACACUGUCUCUGUGUCACAUUUUCUUCGUCAUUUCAUGUUACCAAAAGGUUGUUUCUGUUGUGUCUUGUUGGCCAUGUUGAGGACGAUCAUGGGGGCUAGCUGAAAGCUGCUUUCUUGCAGAUGUUUGAUUAUCCAGGAUGCCAAAUAAAACAAUGGGUCCAGCUUUGUUCAGAUCACUUACAUGCACACUCUUGCCCCUCAGAUUAGGAGUGGUGCUGAUUGGUGAAAAUGUUAUUGUUUAGCACCAGGUCAGCUCCAGUUGAGCAGACCUACAAGUAAACAUGUUCUAGCUGUGACUAUUUGGCUUUUCACCUCUUUGUGGUGGUGGAAUGAUUGGGUAUAGUGUAUCUAGGACUACAUUAUCCAAUGCAUCCAUUAUUUUUAAGCCACAGGGAUGUAAUUUAAGAGAAACAUCUGACUGGAAUUUGUUGCAGGUUUAGCAAUUAUAUAGAGUCAUUCUCCCUCUCUUGUUGGCUUGUCUUAUUGUAAGAGUAUUGGCAUAAUUACAUUAGAAUAUUAAUUCAAUUCAAUAGAAUAGAUGCAAUUCUUUAAGAAUUUGUUUUAAAUUUUUCAAGUCCCUUAAGGUGGAGGUAUUUACAAAGUAUUUGAUACACAAAAAGUGCACCUCAUCCAUGCUUCUUUAUUAUUUUAUAUUUUAAACUUUAUUUUUCUGCUGUUGCAGUUGCACUGAGGUUUAAUGACAGACUAAGAUAAACACAUAUGCAGGCAAUUUUUUUUUUUUCUGGGGAUUGCAUUUGUGUAUGCGUGUACAUAGUGCACAUACACACACACUCACAACAUAUAUAUGCACAUGCACUCUUACAAACACACCCUAUAUAUAUAUAUAAAACAUAAAGUUAAAGUCUGGUGAUAGAGUGACCAAUGGUUUCGUAUCCACGAAGGCUACAGCCGAUAGCUUUCGUGGAUACGAAACCAUUGGUCACUCUAUCACCAGACUUAAACUUUGUUUAAUACUUACUGCUCUAUUCUUUAGAGUGUGUUUCUUUUUCUGAUAUGUGUUAUAUUGACAAAUAUAUAUAUAUGUGUGUGUGUGUGUGUGUAUAUAUAUAUAUAUAUAUAUAUAUAUAUAUAUAUAUAUACACACACACACACAUUUAUACAUAUAUGUAUAUAUAUAUGUAUGUGUAUGCAUCUAUAUACUUACACACAAUAUAUGUGCUUGGGUAUCUGUAUAGCUAUAUAUAUAAAUAUUUGGGUGUGUGUGUAUGUGGAUGUAUUAUAUAUUUAUAAAUAUGUACAUACAUAUAUGUAUCUAUAAACACACACACGCACAUAUCAUAAAACUGAUAUACAAUAUUGUCAUAGAUACACACGCAAAUACAUUGCAGUCAUUCAUGUAUCAAUAAACACACAUUUAUAUAUGUAAGUGUGUAUAUAAAUUUAAAGAUUAUUUUUUUAUGAAUUAAAUAGAAAACCAUUUUUUUCUGUUUUCUACGGGUAUAUCAUUACAUCAUCAUUUUUGUUAAUAUUUUAUUGAUAACCAUCAUUAAUACACAUACACAUGUGUACUUUAUAUAUGUGUGUGUGUGUAUAUAUAUAUAUAUACACACACAUGUACACACACACACAUAUAUAUAGACUUACACAUGUGUUACAUAUAUAUGUAGCUUACAUGUGUAUGUGUGUGUGUGUAUAUAUAUAUAUAUAUAUAUAUAUAUAUAUAUAUAUAUAUAUAUAUAUACAUACAUACAUAUAUGCAUAUGUGUGUGUAUAUACUGGUAUAUAGUUACCAUAUUUGGAAGGAUUGAUCAUCGCAGGAUUUGUCCUUCUGUUAGGAAGCAAGCUGUCUGCAAUGAUUGUGUUCCCUGUAUAGUGACCAUAGUUGUCGAAUGUAUUGAACAAUCUAUUUAUUUAUCUGUAAAUAUUAUAAAUAUAUAAAUGAUAUAUUAAAAAAACGAAAAUAUAAAACAUCAAAAUUUCUGGAAAAUAAUGAAAGAAAAUGUGAAAAUGAAAUAAAGAUUGUUAAAGAAAUAAA